GUUUUAGGCUUUGAAGUGAUACAGAAGGCAUAGAUUAUUUUCACCAUCACCAUCACCAUCACCGCCACUAUCACCAUAACCCACCACUCUUCUCUCUCUCUCUCUAGAAACAGAGUUGAUUCUGUGUCUUCAAUCUGUUUGCUGAUAUUGAUGAUUCACUAGCUCCUGGUUUUUGAGAUUCUGUUUCACUGCUGCAUUUUGGAAUUUUCCGAUGGAUCGUAAAAGUUGGCCAUGGAAGAAGAAAUCGUCGGAGAAAGCAGCUACAGUGACGGAGGUUAUUGACCAGGAGAAUGGGAAGAAGCCGAGCUACAUCCAGAUAUCCUCUGAUCAAUACUCGCAUCUAAAUGGUUUGAAAGAAGAAGUCAAGAAAUAUGAGGAACAAGUUUUGAAGCUGGAAGAUCAGAUAAAGGAUUUGGAUUCGAAGCUAUCUACAGCAAAUGCAGAUAUUACAGCCAAGGAGAUUCUGGUGAAACAGCACUCCAAAGUUGCUGAAGAAGCUGUCACAGGCUGGGAAAAAGCUGAAGCAGAAGCAUCGGCUCUGAAAACGCAUCUCGAAACUGUUACGCUCGCGAAGCUCACUGUUGAAGAUCGGGCUGCGCAUUUAGACGGAGCACUUAAGGAGUGUAUGAGGCAGAUAAGGAGUCUAAAGGAAGAAAAUGAACAGAAGCUGCAUGAUGUUAUUGUAACUAGAACCAACCAAAUGGAUAAGCUCAAGGCUGAAUUUGAGUCCAAGAUUGGAGAAUUCGAGCAAGAACUACUUCGUUCUGCAGCUGAAAAUGAUGCCCUCUCGAGGUCACUGCAAGAGCGCUCAAACAUGCUUAUCAGGAUAAGUGAAGAGAAAUCCCAAGCAGAGUCUGAGAUUGAGCAUCUUAAGAACAAUAUAGAGUCCUGUGAAAGGGAGAUUAAUACUCUCAAGUAUGAGACCCAUGUGAUUACCAAAGAGUUGGAAAUCCGCAACGAGGAAAAGAAUAUGAGCAUGAGAUCUGCAGAAGCAGCAAACAAGCAGCACUUGGAAGGUGUCAAGAAAAUUGCAAAGCUGGAAGCUGAAUGCCAAAGAUUACGGACUCUCGUGAGAAAGAAACUCCCGGGUCCUGCAGCACUUGCGCAGAUGAAAAUGGAGGUUGAGAGUUUAGGCAGAGACUACGGAGAUCAACGACAUAGGAGGUCACCGGCUAGGCCGUCUAGUCCUCUCAUGUCUCCAAUGUCACACAUGUCUCACAUGUCCGAGUUCUCGCUUGACAAUAUGCAAAAGUUCCAUAAAGAAAACGAUUUGAUGACAGAGCGGUUAUUGGCAAUGGAAGAAGAAACUAAGAUGCUGAAAGAAGCAUUGGCAAAGCGGAAUAGCGAGCUUCAAGUGUCGAGGAACCUCUGUGCUAAGACAGCAAACAGGCUUCAAACGUUGGAAGCUCAAAUGAUGAGUAAAAGUCCACCCAAGAGUGGGUUUGAAAUGCCUGCUGAAAUAUUCUCUCGUCAAAAUGCUAGCAAUCCUCCUAGUAUGGCUUCAAUGUCUGAGGACGGGAACGAAGAUGCUAGAAGCAUCGCUGGGUCUUUGAUGUCCGAACUCUCUCAAACCAACAAGGAUAGAAACGGUGCAAAGAUGAAGAAGACCGAGAGUGCUAACCAGUUGGAGCUUAUGGACGAUUUUCUAGAAAUGGAAAAGCUAGCUUGUCAACCAAAUGACUCAAACGCAAAUGGUCCGACCAAUCACUCAAGUGCUGAUUCUGAUGCUGAGAUUCUACCAGCGACGAAACUGAAGAAGAGAAUCUCCACUUUGCUUCAGUCUCUCCCCAAAGAUGCUACCUUUGAGAAGAUUUUGGCAGAGGUACAAUGUGCCAUUGAAGAUGCAGGUGGUGUUAAGCUGCCUUCUGUUCCUCAUGUUACUAAUGGAAACGGUCUUACAGAAGAAAAGGAGAUAACCAUGUCAAAUGAGACCACAGAGGAAAAAGUUAAUAUCGGCGAGGUAAUAACCCAAGAAUUGGCUCAUGCUCUUUCUCAGAUAUACCACUUUGUUUCCUACCUUUCGAAAGAAGCAACGCCGUGUCAGGACACAUUCUCCCAAAAAGUUCAGGAGUUCUCUGUCACAUUCGACAGAGUAUUGGGCAAGGAGAAAACUUUGGUCGACUUUCUGUUUGAUCUCUCCCGAGUUUUAGUCGAAGCUAGUGAACUGAAAAUAAAUGUGUUGGGAUUCAACACAUCCGAAGUGGAGAUUCACAGCCCAGAUUGCAUCGACAAAGUGGCUCUACCGGAAAACAAAACACUUCUUCGGAAAGAUUCAUCAGGUGAACAUUACCAGAAUGGUUGUUCUCAGAGCUCUGAUUCCGAGAUUCCAGAUGAUUGCAUCGGAACAUCUGGCUAUGAACCCAAGCUCACGGCAGCAGCUAGUAAAUUUACAUCAGAAGAGUUUGAAGGAUUGAGACUUGAGAAAGAAAAAGCAGAGACCAACCUUGCAAGCUGUGAAGCAGAUCUUGAAGCCACCAAGUCCAAACUACAAGAAACAGAGCAACUUCUUGCUGAAGUCAAAUCAGAUUUGGAAUCUGCUCAGAAGUCUAAUGGCAUGGCCGAGACACAGCUCAAAUGCAUGGUGGAAUCAUACAGAUCUCUUGAAACUAGAUCAUCGGAGUUGGAAAUCGAGCUGAGUUCUCUUAAAGGCAAAAUCGAAAACUUAGAAGAUGAGCUUCAUGACGAGAAGGAAAAUCACCGCGAGGCUUUAACCAAAUGCCAAGAACUCGAGGAGCAAUUACAAAGGAACAACCAAAGUUGCCAGACUUGUUCAGUAACUGAAGCUGAUCCUAAGAGCAAACAGGACAAUGAACUAGCAGCUGCAGCAGAGAAGCUACAAGAGUGUCAAGAGACUAUAUUGCUUCUUGGGAAGCAGCUCAAAUCCAUGUGUCCGCAAACAGAACAGGUUGCUUCCUCUCCAAGCCAAGAACAGGACCUAAACCCUGAAGAAGACAACGAAUACGCAACUUCCACAAAUCCUCAAGACAGCAAAUUGAGUUCGCCUUCAGAAAAGGAAACACCAACUACAAUGAGAUCUCCGGUAGGGACAAAACAUAGACACACCAAGUCAAACUCAUCAUCGUCCUCGUCGGGACUUACUCCCGAGAAACACUCUAGAGGAUUCAGCAGGUUCUUCUCAUCUAAAGCAAAGUAAACAAAAGAACAAAAAAACGUAUAAAUCUAACUAUGUUGUAUAUCGUAUCUAUUGCUAUAUAUGGUUUUUUACUAUGUGAGAAUGUUUUUUUUUAACUUUAGUUUUUUAUUCUUCUUUCUGUACUGACAACAGUUUGGUGUUGAAUUCUACGGCGUGUAAAUGUCAUCAAUCUACCC